UUUCGCCCACUCUGCGUGCACGCCCUUCUGACGAGAACGAAGAGUUCAUUCUGUCGUUCGGUGUUUAAUAUUUUAACAUCACUAAAUAAAUACAUAAAAUAUCAUCGUUUAAACUCACAAUUCCAAAAGGAUUUAAUCAUCCACUCAAUAUAUUGGAGUUUUUGAAGAACCAGUCAAGGACCCGAUUCACCAGGAAACAGGAAACUGACAUCGUAGGAAUCAACCAGGAAAUUCAUUACAAAAUAAGUUAGACAAGAAGACGAAGAAAUCAUGCCAGCACCAACAUCAGAUGCGGCUGGACCAGCAGAAGGAGCUGGUCCACCUCGUACCGAGCUCCAGGAGUUACAGCUAAAAGCUGAUCAAACAACUGAUGAAUCCUUGGAGAGUACAAGGCGUAUGUUAGCACUAUGCGAGGAGAGCAAGGAGGCCGGCAUCCGCACUCUGGUCGCUCUCGACGACCAGGGAGAGCAAUUGGACCGAAUCGAAGAGGGGAUGGAUCAGAUAAAUGCAGAUAUGCGAGAAGCAGAGAAAAAUCUCACGGGAAUGGAAAAAUGUUGUGGCAUUUGCGUGCUGCCUUGCAACAAGGGAGCGAGUUUCAAAGAGGAUGAAGGAACGUGGAAGGGCAAUGACGAUGGCAAAGUCGUCAAUAAUCAACCUCAGCGGGUGAUGGAUGAUCGUAAUGGACUUGGACCUCAGGGUGGAUACAUUGCAAAAAUUAAUAAUGACGCACGUGAAAAUGAAAUGGAAGACAAUAUGGGUCAAGUUUCAACGAUGAUCGGUAAUUUAAGAAAUAUGGCUAUCGACAUGGGAAGUGAACUAGAGAAUCAGAAUCGCCAGAUUGACAGGAUCAAUCGCAAAGGCGAAUCAAACGAAACCCGAAUACAAGUGGCGAAUGAACGGGCACAUCAGCUACUUAAAUAAGCUGGUUAACAAGAAAAUAAAUAAUAAUAUUUCCGGCAUAUAUAAAAUUUAUUUUAUUCCCCAGUCCCGCCUUUAGCUAAAUUUAUCUGUAAGAAUAAAUUGAACUUAUUCUAAACGCUCUUUGCAUCAUCAAUCAUACCUUCAAUAUGCAAUUCGAGAUUAUUAAUUAGUAUAGCAGUAUCCAGAAAAAAAAAAUAAUACGUAUUUAUAAUUAGAUAUUUUUGACUUGAUAAUUAAUCAGUAGCUAGAGAUGAAAAACAAAGUUUAAUAAUUCCAGUAUUACUUUACUUAAUUAACAAACGAAAAAAAUCCAAACGAAUUAAUGAUAAUGUGUAUUUAAUACAAUUGACUAUUGUUUAAAUCUCGAUUGCAUUUAUUGUGAAACAAAUUAAUCGCCAAAAAUAUUGCGAUGUAUGUUGUUAUUAUUAUUAUAUUAGAUUUCUGUCGAACAAAUACCUUUAGUAUAAUGAAAAAAAAAUAAUUUCUUUAUUAAUAUUAUAAAUAAAUUUGCAAAUAAUAUAAUUGCUUAAUUAUAAUACAAACGUAUAUUGAAUAAUUGAUUACAAUUUGCACAAAUUAAAUUUCUGGAUGUUACGCACGGCUGAUUGAUUAUUACUGGUGGGAAUGUGAGGAAUGUUGUUCCGGUAACUAAAUUUGUUACCUUGUGUAUAGAAUGGUCAUUUAAUUGAUCAUUAAAUUUAAAAAAAAAUACAUAAUACAUGUUAUAAAUCGUAGUUAUUGUUAAACAUACAAUUGUUAUUUUUCACCUUCAUCAUUAUUAUUAUUAUAAAUAUUUUUAUUUCAUUUAUAAACAUACAUACACACAUUUCACAACACAAAUAAAUAAAUUUAAAAAUUGCGAUACGUUUUUCAUAAAUAAAUGAUAUUUUUCGCGGUGAAAAUUGAUUGCAAUAACUAAUUUAAAAGAUAAAUAUAUGGAAAACAGUAUAGAAUUAAAAGAAAAAAUACAAAUACGAGAUAGGCAAAUUAAAUAAACGGCGCUACCGUAGAGAUUCACGUAUUUUAUCUUCCUCGAGUAAUGAAGCAUCCGCUCUUUUUUUCCAUACCAAUCAAUAAAGCAAUUUAAUUAAUAAAAAUAUUAUCAAUUUAUUAAUUGAUAAUAAAAUAGUUGAUCGAAAGUAAAUAAAUAAAUUAAGAAGAUAAAUAUAAAGUAAAUUAGUAUAGAAAUAUCAACUGUCUUUUGUGAUGAAUUGUAAAAGAUUAUUUGCUUUGACAGAAACAUAUCGAUGGCGGUAUUGUAAAUUGUGACGAUCAACUCGAUUUUGUACAACACGUGAAUGUCUACGAUUUAUCAGGUGUACUUAAAAAAAAAAAAAUUAAUAUAU